UCGCCCACGCCCCGUGCUUGGAAUUCGGCCCCAGGUGGUUCCAACUGUGACAAUUCAAGGCCAAAUGGGAAAGGCCUGCUUGUGGAUCCAAGCUCCAGGGGUCAGGAUAAACCAGAAAACUUGCUCACAAGACAGACUAAAUCCAAGUCUGAAAUUACUGACAUGGUUCGUUCCUCCACUAUCACAGUAUCAGACAAGGCUCAUAUUUUAUCAAUGCAAAAGUUUGGACUGCGAGAUACUAUUGUGAAAUCACAUCUAGUACAGAAAGAAGAGGAUUAUACCUAUAUCCAGAACUUCAGGUUUUUUGUGGGAACAUACAAUGUGAAUGGACAGUCCCCCAAGGAAUGCCUCCGGCCCUGGCUGAGCCACGGUAUCCAGGCCCCAGAUGUAUAUUGUGUAGGGUUCCAGGAGCUUGAUCUGAGUAAGGAAGCCUUUUUCUUUAAUGAUACCCCAAAGGAGGAAGAGUGGUUUAAAGCUGUAUCAGAGGGUCUUCAUCCAGAUGCCAAAUAUGCAAAGGUGAAGCUCAUCCGACUAGUUGGGAUUAUGCUGCUGUUAUAUGUCAAACAGGAGCAUGCAGCAUAUAUCUCAGAAGUGGAAGCUGAGACUGUGGGGACAGGAAUCAUGGGGAGGAUGGGUAACAAAGGAGGCGUGGCAAUCAGGUUCCAGUUCCACAACACCAGCAUCUGUGUCGUGAACUCUCACUUGGCAGCCCACACUGAAGAGUUUGAGAGGAGGAACCAGGACUAUAAAGACAUUUGUUCUCGAAUGCAGUUUUGUCAGGUCGACCCGAGCCUUCCCCCUCUCACCAUCAGCAGGCACGAUGUGAUCUUGUGGCUGGGGGACCUCAACUACAGGAUAGAAGAGCUGGAUGUGGAAAAAGUGAAAAAGCUCAUCGAAGAGAAGGCCUUUCAAACCCUGUAUGCGUAUGAUCAGCUGAAAAUUCAGGUGGCUGCAAAGACUGUCUUUGAAGGCUUCACAGAGGGUGAGCUCACAUUCCAGCCUACCUAUAAGUAUGAUACCGGCUCUGAUGACUGGGAUACCAGCGAGAAAUGUCGUGCUCCUGCCUGGUGUGACCGGAUCCUCUGGAAAGGGAAAAACAUCACUCAGCUGAGUUACCAGAGCCACAUGGCACUCAAGACCAGUGACCACAAGCCCGUCAGCUCAGUGUUUGACAUUGGGGUGAAGGUCAUAAAUGAAGAGCUUUACCGGAAGACUCUGGAGGAAAUUGUUCGCUCCCUGGAUAAGAUGGAAAAUGCCAACAUUCCUUCUGUGUCCCUCUCCAAGCGAGAGUUCUAUUUUCAGAAUGUGAAGUACAUGCAGUUGCAAGUAGAUUCCUUUAAAAUUCAUAAUGGACAAGUCCCCUGUCAGUUUGAAUUCAUCAACAAACCUGAUGAAAAGUCUUACUGUAAGCAGUGGCUCAAUGCCAACCCCAGUAGAGGGUUCCUCCUGCCAGAUUCUGACAUUGAGAUUGAAUUGGAGCUCUUUGUAAAUAAGACCACAGCUACAAAGCUCAACUCGGGUGAAGACAAAAUUGAGGACAUUCUGGUCUUGCACUUGGACAGGGGAAAGGAUUACUUUUUGUCUGUGUCUGGGAACUACCUGCCCAGCUGUUUUGGAUCUCCCCUUCAUACAUUGUGCUACAUAAGGGAACCAAUCUUGGACCUACCACCUGAAGUUAUUAGUGAGCUGGAAGAUCUGUUUCAGCAGCCAGGCCUGAGGUUGGAAUUUGAACAUAUCAGGGACUGUUUGGAUACUGGGAUGAUCGAUAACCUCUCCGCUAGCAAUCAUUCUGUAGCUGAAGCCUUGCUCCUUUUCCUGGAGAGCCUGCCAGAGCCUGUCAUCUGUAACAGUGCCUACCACAACUGCUUGGAGUGUUCUGGCAACUACACAGCAAGCAAACAGGUCAUUUCUACUCUUCCCACAUUCCACAAAAAUGUCUUCAACUACUUGAUGGCNUUUUUGCAAGAGCUGCUGAAAAAUUCAGCAAAAAAUCAUUUGGAUGAGAAUAUUUUAGCUAGCAUAUUUGGCAGCUUACUGCUUCGAAACCCAGCUUGUGACCAAAAGCUUGAAAUGACAGAGAAGAAGAAGGCUCAAGAAUUUAUUCACCAGUUCCUCUGCAACCCACUCUGAGCCUCUUUAUCUCCUCCCCUGUUUUACCUGAGGCAGCCAGUUACCAGCCCUACCUGUUCCAGCUCAAGAGAUGCCUUAACAUUAUGUGAGGCCACUUGGAAGGAAGAUGGCAGCUGCCUGUUUCCUGAGCCUAGCACACUCAGUGCUACUGUGAGUUGUGAAGACUUGGGGGAAGAUCCACCACAGUGAAACUGACAUUCGAUGUUUAUCUUUAGUUAUUUAACACAGAUAGAUCUCUAUUCAUUUUUUUAUUUAAAAAAAUUUGAAAUAACUGUACUUGUACUCAUUCAACCUGCCUCCAGAGCAUAGUUAGUGCCUUCCCCAUGGCUUGGGCUGAGCUCCCCGUGGUCAGACAUUUGAACAGACUUUCGAGUCCUGAAAGGACAAUGAGUUGGAUGCAAGAAUGCAAGUGGAAACUGCUGGAUAAAUAGCCCACAGCCACCCCAGAUUUUUCAAGUGCUCAGUCUGAGGACAUGUGUAUAUGCAUAUGCAAAUUCUACCCCUCUUCCUUUCCAGAUAAGGCUCAAUAAUCCCAGGCUGGCCAUGCAGCCUCUGAAGGCAAAACAGUGGCUUAAAAAAUGGAAACACUGAAGAAACAGGUGUUCUGGUAAAACAAGUGGGAUUUUUCUGGGCCAGCAAGUCCUCCAAACUGUAUAUGAUGCAUCCUCUCUCAUAUAUGUAAUAUAUUUUAAGGAUAAAUGUAUUUUUAAAAGUG